AUGGACGUUCACCGCCAUCAAAUAACCGCUAUCAAAUCACCGCGAGGGAGGUUCACCGCCAUCGAAUCACCACAAUGGAGGUUCACUGACAUUAAUCACAGCAAGGGAGGUUCACCACCUUCAAAUGACUGCAAGGGAGGUCCAGCGCCAUCAAAACACUGCAAAGAAGGCUCACUGCCACCAGUCCCCACGAGGGAGGUUUACCGCCAUCAAAUCACCAUGAUGGAGUGUGAUGGACGUUCACUGCCAUCAAAUCACAGCAUAGCAGGUUCACCGCUGGGGAGGUUCAUCGCCAUCAAUCAGUGUGAUGGACGUUCACUCCCAUCAUAUCACAGUGAAGGAGGCUCACCGCCAUCAAAUCACCGCUGGGGAGGUUCAUCGCCAUCAAUCAGCGCGAGGGAUAUUCACUCCCAUCAUAUCACAGUGAAGGAGGCUCACCGCCAUCAAAUCAGCGCUGGGGAGGUUCAUCCCCAUCAAUCAGCGCGAGGGAUGUUCACUUCCAUCAUAUCACAUUGA